AUCACUUGCUUUGAUAGGUGCCAUUUUUAGGUAAAUGAAGGCUUUUUCCAAAUUGAAACGGAUUUUGUGAUGCGUAAUAGUCGAUGUAAUGAUAUCAACAUGCAAAAUGGACAUAAAAAUAACUUCAUUUUCGAGGCUCUGUGAGACACCUUGUGUGCAAAUACUGUAAAACAGCCCUGAUACAUGUGGAAAUGAAUAGAUCUACACCGGUGAUGUACGUUGGUUAAAUUUUUCAUUUCAUUUGCAGGUCGUCGCCAUUAUGCCUGAUGGCCAUGUACGGGUGGGGUUAUUUCCGACACUAUCAGAAACAAUAGUGUGCCAGCUGGGCACUGUGGCUGAACUCCCCCGUACAGCAACAAAGUCUUGGAAAAGUGGGAAGAAGACCGCCUUUCGGGCAGCCAAGGCAGCCGCCGCAGCCUCCAAGGAAUCCCCCGCAGCCUCCAAGGAAUCCCCCGCAGCCUCCUCCUCCAAGGACUCGGCCAGGAAGAAACGAAAGGUGGCCAAUAGCCCUGAACUCGAACCCCCCGCAGCAUCCUCCUCCUCCGAGGACUCGGCAGGCAGGCAACCCUCUGAGAAAGGAACGGCAGCCAAGGCAGCCGCCGCAGCCUCCAAGGAAUCCCCCGCAGCCUCCUCCUCCAAGGACUCGGCCAGGAAGAAACGAAAGGUGGCCAAUAGCCCUGAACUCGAACCCCCCGCAGCAUCCUCCUCCUCCGAGGACUCGGCAGGCAGGCAACCCUCUGAGAAAGGAACGGCAGCCAAGGCAGCCGCCGCAGCCUCCAAGGAAUCCUCCGCAGCCUCCUCCUCCAAGGACUCGGCCAGGAAGAAACGAAAGGCAGCCCAGAAAAGCCACAAAUUGAGUUUCGACGGGUACAUCGACUUGCUUGCUGCAAAAAUUGAAGAAGGGAACAAAACAAAAGGGAAUAAGGACCAGAGGAGAGGUGCUGACGGCAAAUUUGGCAAUAAAAAUUUAUUGGACUGUUCCUGGAGGACCUGGUUGAAAAGCAUGUUUACAGAAUAUCCAGGUGUGCUGUGCAAGUGCUUUUGUAAUCAUCGACCUUUGACUAGCGCACAAGCCUUAAUAAAACACAUAGAGAGAAAUCACUAUAUCAAUAAUGUGGUAUCAUUUGGUGAGGAGGACCUGGAAUUCACACCACCACAGUUUUAGCUCACCUCCCCCCCCCCCCC